AAUUAUGUGGAGAAGGAAUUGGUUGGACAGAGAUUGGAGGCAACGGUUGAUAGACUUGAAAAUGAAGGCAUCGAUGCAAAGGAAGGAAGGGAUGACUUCUUGGAGUUAAUGUUAGAGCAUUAUGUGAGAAACCCUUCGUCCAUGAGUUGGUCGGUAUGUAUGUAUGAAAUCGGGGACUUAGUUGGGGGCCACUCGGCGGUCGGAAACCUAUUGAUGCGUUUGAUUGGAUUCGUGGCACUCAAUCCCAACGUUCAGAACCAGCUCUACAUUGAGGCGAAGAAUGCACUGAAAAGGCGUCCAAACGAUGAGGGGAUCAUUAAUUUAGAGCACCGGCCGGUUAUGCCUUUAACUGAAGCCAGUAUUCUAGAGACACUUCGUCUGACAUCCUCACCAAUUGUGCCGCACGUCAACAAAGUGGACGCAACCCUUCAAGACUAUGAUAUAGAGAAGGGAACAAUGAUAUUAUUCAACACAUAUUACCUGAAUAUGUCUGCGGAGUACUGGUCGGAUCCACAACAGUUCAAACCGUCGCGUUUCGUGUCUUCGAGUGGAAGUGUUAGCCAUAUAUCAAAACCGGACCACUUUUUCCCCUUCUCAAGUGGACGUCGCGCGUGUUUGGGUUACAAAAUGGUUCAAACGAUUACAUUCACAGCAAUCGCUAAUUUGGUUCUCAAUUUCGAAAUCUCUGCCCUAAAUGAUGAACAACGCUCUGAAAUGAGCCGACAAUUGGCCCCAAAAGGCUGUCUGGCAUUGGAUUUGUCAGACAAAUGCUUUAAGGUUUCCCUAAGUCCAAGGCCUGAGAAA